CCAUGUCCACUCAGGAGUUGUUUGUCGCCGCCGCUCGUAAACAUCUGCGUGUCGGCCGAAAGUCUCUCUCUGCUCCUCAGAGUCUGGACCUGGCCACUCAGGUCCUGGCUGUGGACUUGGGUUUGAAACCCGCGCUGCUGUUUGACAGUAACGGCUCCGGCUCCGAGCAGGUGCAGCAGUAUUUGAGCUCGUUGCAGUCUUCCCAGCUUGUGUCUAAAUCACUUCUUACAUUGGAUUUAAAUGGACACGCUCUAAUUGUUAACCCAAUUACUGUCAGAUCAAAUCUAGAACUGGUGCUCUGUGGUAGUGGCCCGGCUUUGAUAGACGUGUGCCACUCCCUUGAGAAGCCUGCCAUCGCCUACCAGUUCAGAGAAGAGCUGAAGAGCACGAUACAAGAUUUACUGCCUCAGCUGAGAGAGUGUGAACGACUCGAGGAGGCUCAGAAACCUCUUUGUGUCGGAGACAAAUGUGGAGAGUGGAACCUGUGCACCGUCUUUGGUCUUCUGUUGGGUUACCCUGUGACCUACUGGUUCGAUCAGACCCACAGCUUUGAGAACUGUCUGGCCAUGACGCCCCUGAUGGUGACUACAGCUGCGGCAACGUGGCAGACGGGCUCCGCACAUCACACUUGUUGUCUCUACUCUUUCAGCGUCCCAGAUGUUCUUCUCAAAGAGACGCAGUCCAACCUGGACGACUGGAGGCGUCGUUUACAAGAAAGAUUUCAGCAGCAACAUGUCCUGAAGGAGCUCAGUGUUUGUCAAACCACAGUAACUCUGCCCUCUGUCUGUCUGUGAUGAAAACAGUUUCUUUAAAACACCCUGUAGUACUGUAGAACAUUUGUACAUUAUCACCUCAUUAAAGUUUGUCCAAACAGCCA